GUACGCUCGGUCGUGAAGCGCAGCGCAGUUGGGGAGUUGAAAAAGUUACGAAAUGGGGUGAAAAUGAUGUAGUGGCACGUCAAAUGUGUGAACAUUAAGAGUGUACAUAUUUCAUAAUAAAAUAUAUUCGGAGUUCCGUGUUUAAAAUAAAAAGUGCAAGCAUGGCUACGGAUAAAAUAAAGGUCGCCGUUCGGGUUCGCCCGUUCAAUCGACGAGAAUUGGAAAUGGGGACACAGUGUGUCGUCGAGAUGUCCAAGGAGCAAACGAUCCUGCAGCAUCCAACGUCCAUCCAGGAUAAAAUUGAUCGGAACAAACCGAAGACUUUCGCAUUUGAUCACUGCUUCUUUUCUCUGGAACCAGGAUCGGAGAAUUUCGCCAGUCAGGAAGUCGUUUUCAAUGCAUUGGGUCGCGACAUACUCGACAACGCGUUUCAGGGCUACAACGCUUGCAUCUUCGCUUACGGUCAAACUGGUUCUGGAAAGUCUUACACGAUGAUGGGGAGCGGUGAUAACAAGGGUAUAAUACCCAGGCUAUGUGACAAUCUCUUUGACAUGAUUGCGAAACAGCAGAGUUCAGAAUUGAGCUAUAAAGUUGAAGUUUCCUAUAUGGAAAUAUACAACGAGAAAGUGCAUGAUUUGUUGGACCCGAAGCAGAACAAACAGUCGUUGAAAGUUAGGGAACACAACGUCUUGGGACCUUACGUAGACGGACUGAGUCAACUCGCCGUCACCGCCUUCCAGGACAUAGACAAUUUAAUGGCAGAAGGAAACAAAUCUCGAACGGUCGCGGCUACUAACAUGAACUCUGAAAGCUCGCGUUCGCACGCUGUGUUCUCCGUUGUUCUUACUCAGACGUUGACGGACAGCAAGAGCGGCGUUAGUGGCGAGAAAGUUUCGCGUAUGUCUCUGGUAGAUUUGGCGGGCAGCGAACGAGCCGUUAAAACAGGGGCUGUGGGUGACAGACUCAAGGAAGGCAGCAAUAUUAAUAAGUCACUCACGACACUGGGUCUUGUGAUAUCCAAAUUGGCGGAUCAAAGCUCAGGUGGGAAAAACAAAGACAAAUUCGUACCUUACAGAGACUCCGUACUUACGUGGCUACUCAAGGACAAUCUUGGAGGUAACAGCAAGACUGUAAUGGUAGCGACGAUAUCGCCGGCCGCUGAUAAUUACGAGGAGACACUGUCUACGCUACGCUACGCGGACCGAGCCAAAAGAAUAGUUAACCACGCCGUUGUUAACGAAGACCCCAAUGCCAGGAUCAUCCGUGAACUCAGGCAGGAAGUUGAAGCCCUCAAAGAAAUGCUGCUGCAUGCAACGGGUCAAGGAUCUGUUGUUGGACAGCAGCGUACGGACAUUACGGAAAAACUGUCGGAAUCCGAGCGUCUAAUGAAGGCCAUGUCUCAAACUUGGGAGGAGAAAUUGGUGAAGACCGAAAGACUUCAACACGAGCGACAGCAAGCGCUGGAAAAAAUGGGAAUCAGUGUACAAGCUUCAGGCAUACAAGUCGAGAAAAACAAAUAUUAUUUAGUCAACCUUAACGCAGAUCCGAGCUUGAACGAGCUCCUAGUUUAUUACCUGAAGGAACAAACUCUAGUGGGUGGCCGAUCUGCGGCGAUACCGCAAGACAUCCAACUGCAUGGGCUUGGAAUUCAGCCUGAACAUUGUGUAAUAACUAUUGAAGAAUCAGGCCUGUACAUGACACCGCUGAAUGGGGCCCGAUGUUUCAUUAAUGGGAGUCAGGCAACUGACAGAACGCCGUUGCAUCACGGGGACAGAAUUGUGUGGGGGAACCAUCACUUUUUCAGAGUAAAUUGCCCCAGAAAUGCGACGGCGGUUAGCAGCGAACCUCAGACUCCGGCGCAGAACAUCGACUACAAUUUUGCACGAGAAGAGCUUAUGCUCAACGAAUUGUCAAACGAUCCCAUUCAGACCGCCAUUGCCAGAUUGGAAAAACAGCACGAGGAAGACAAACAAGUUGCUUUGGAGAAGCAAAGACAAGAGUACGAACGGCAGUUUCAACAAUUACGUAAUAUAUUAUCUCCAUCAACACCGUACUCCCCUUACGUGCCGUACGAUCCUUUACGUGGGAGCCAAGGUGGCAAACCAGCUUGUACUCCGACUACCCAAAUGCGGGUUGAAAAGUGGGCGCAGGAACGCGACGAAAUGUUCAAGCGUAGCUUGGGUCAACUCAAAGCCGAUAUUCUCAGAGCUAAUUCCCUGGUGCAAGAGGCAAACUUCUUGGCAGAGGAGAUGGACAAACAAACCAAGUUCAGCGUCACCUUACAAAUACCACCCAACAAUUUGAGCCCGAAUAGAAAGAGUGUAUUCUUUCAGAGAGGGGCGUUUGUCAGCGAACCAGCAAUAUUGGUGAAAAGAAUAAAUAUGGGUAGUCAAGUCUGGUCGAUGGAAAAACUUGAGAACAAACUUGUGGAUAUGCGCGAUAUGUACGAAGACAGAAAAGAUUCUCACAACAACCAACGGCUACCCACCGUCAAGGAUGAACUGCCUGGAAAAACUCAGGAUCCAUUUUACGAGUCCCAAGAGAACCACAACCUAAUUGGUGUUGCCAAUAUAUUUCUGGAAGUCUUAUUCCACGAUGUGAGACUAGAUUAUCAUACACCGAUAAUCAGUCAACAAGGCGAAGUCGCGGGUCGUCUGCAGGUUGAGAUGAGUCGAACGUCCGGUCAAUUUCCUCAAGAUCGUAUCUGUGAAGCAGCCUCGGACUCUUCGUCGGGUGAUUCGACAUCCUUUGAGCAAGACGAUUACUCCGAAUCGAACCACAUAACGUGUCGUAUUACCAUCAAACAAGCCAGUGGUCUACCACUUUCUCUGAGCCAUUUUGUGUUCUGUCAAUACAUAUUCUGGGGACACCCGGAACCUAUAGUUGUCCCCCCUGUAGUGAAUCCCGAAUUGCCAGUGACUCAUUUUGCCGCAGGACACAGGGAUUCCCUUGCAUUCAAAUUCGAGCACACCAAGGACUUUACGGUGCCCAUCACUGACGAGUUUCUUGAACAUUGUUCAGAAGGUGCAUUGAGUAUAGAGGUUUGGGGUCACAGAAGCACUGGAUUCUCUCGAAGUAAGCCAGGCUGGGAAGUGGAACAGCAACAAUUGGCCAAGGCAAGGUCGUUGGCCGAUCGAUGGGCGGAAUUAACUCGGAAGAUUGAACUUUGGGUAGAAAUUCAGGAACUCAACGAAUUGGGAGAAUACACACCGGUUGAAGUGGCUGCUAAACCAGACAUGUUGACUGGCGGCGUUUACCAACUGCGACAGGGACAGCAGCGGCGAAUUCAAGUUCGAGUGAAACCGGUCCAGAAUUCAGGUACUCUACCAAUAAUCUGUCAGUCAAUUUUAAACAUUGGUGUCGGAUCGGUUUCGGUCAGAAAUCGCUUGCAAAAGCCGCUAGACAGCUACCAGGAAGAAGACCUCAGUGUUCUCAGAGAAAAGUGGAGCGAGGCUUUGAUGCGAAGGCGACAAUACUUGGAUCAACACAUUCAAAAGCUCAUAAACAAACAAGCCAAUAAAACGGAGCAGGAUAUAGAGAGAGAACAGAGCUUGUUAGAUCAAUGGGUCAGUUUAACGGAAGAACGGAACGCAGUUCUGGUCCCAACUCCUGGCUCUGGGAUUCCUGGUGCUCCAGCUGAUUGGAUCCCUCCUCCAGGCAUGGAGCCCCACAUUCCGGUGCUGUUUCUUGAUUUGAAUGCCGAUGAUCUUUCGACUCACCAGUCAGGCGAAGAAGUCUCGAUAACUGGCCUGAACUCGAUUUUACCAAAGGAGCAUGGAAAUAAAUUUUACAACCUACCGAUCAUACGACACCUUGAGAAGGAUGUGUGUGCUAUUGCGGCAUGGGACUCGAGCUUGCACGAUAGUGUUAAUUUGAAUAGGGUCACGGAAGCUAAUGAGAGAGUCUACCUCAUCCUGAAAACAACUGUCAGGCUGUCACAUCCGGCACCAAUGGACUUAGUGCUUCGUAAAAGACUUGCAUUAAAUAUUUACAAGCGACAAAGUAUAACCGAUAGGUUUUUCAAGAGGAUUGUGCGAACGGAUUGCUUGUCACAAAGUGGUGUCACCUAUGAAGUAGUUUCCAAUAUACCCAAGGCCAGUGAAGAACUUGAGGACAGGGAAAGCCUUGCUCAAAUUGCUGCCAGUGGAGAAGACAGUAAUCUAUCUGAUGGCGAAACCUAUAUAGAGAAGUACACGCGUGGAGUGUCUGCUGUUGAGAGCAUUUUAACUUUGGAUCGUCUGAGGCAGAGUGUGGCGGUUAAAGAGUUACUUCAAGCACAGGGACAACCGCUUAUGCGCAAGACUGCCAGCGUACCAAACUUUUCCCAGAUCAUGAGAUUCGAUACCUCAAUGGAAUCCCUGGUCAACGUGGCGCGGUCGGAAAGCGUUACUGAUUUAAAUUCAGAGCUAACCGGUCUACCUCACACACGCCGAACUCUGCCUGGACAUGCAAAGGGCGAUGAAAACAGCUUCUUGACCACACCGCCGAAACCUUUUGGAAUUGGCUCCAUUCUGAACUCAGCGAGACCAACAUUCCUCAACCUGAACCUGAAUCUCAACUCACUGACACGUCUGCAACAGUCCACCUCUGCCAAGUCAUCUCCCAAUAUCGUUGCAAGCAAACUUGGUCUUCGGAUGACAACACUUCACGAAGAAACAACGAACUCUACUAAUCAGCCACUAACUCCAACCCCAACAUCUUCGCCUUCGCGGGAAGAGGAUGAAGAUAAAAGCGACGCUUAUUACUCGGAGUAUGAUGCUUAUCAACCAUCGUCAAAGCCUACAAAGCCAUUAACUUCGUCACGAACUUUAGACUCCCUGGUUGAGCUUCAAUCGGCAAAAAUAAAUACACCUAGCAUGAGCAGCAGCGGCUAUGGAUCUCAAGCAGUUUCCUCGACAAAUCUUACCUCCGAAGACUCCAUAUCAAUAAAAUCUAUCAGUGUCGAUGAGACUCCUGACUUAGAGUACAGAAAUCUCUUGGAGAGCAAGAGGACAGACAAAAUGGAUAGUUCUUCGGUAGAAGAAAGGCCUGAAGAACAUCAGGAGAAAACCGAUCUAAUCCAAGGCAAUUUGAAUACCCAGGAAAACGUUGUUGGCCACAAGACAGAGGGUCCCGCUCUAAGCUCAUGGGAGAAGGCGAGUGGUUACUCACGGAAUACCAUUAUAAAUUCGAUCCAAAUUGAUCAGAAAGAGCGGGAUGAUAGCAAAAACACAAUGAACAAAGCACACACGCAGGGAAAUGAAAUUACGUCUGAUCAAGAACUAGAGCAAAAUGACGUUGACGACGAUGAAAAAAUUGAAAUCGAGGUCCGUCGAGCGUCUAAUUCCGAUGAAGAUAACCCCCUAGAAGGAACCUCAGUUGUUCGUACAAAACUACCUCUUGGCAAAGUUGUCAGGCGAAGAAAAGUUUCCAGUGGUAGCGGGAGACCUGCAAGUUGCCAGCAUCGAGCAUCCUUCCCGAUGGUUCGUUCGCAGUUAUCCGAAAGUAGAGCGGCCGUUCGUCUCGAGCAGUCCUUACACCCUGGCAUGUCUUACGAGAACGGCGAUAAUAACAGCUCCACAGAGCGCAUUGAUGAUGAUGUUAGUGAUAAAACUUCGGCGUUUGAUACGCGAUCCGACCUGACGAGGAUCGAGGCUCCGUUGCCGGAUUGGGUUGUCGUUGGCGAAUCUGUUCUGGUGCGCCCUUAUAGCUCUUCCGGAGUUAUUGCAUACGUUGGUGCUACCGAAUUUGCCUCUGGAAACUGGAUCGGUGUUGAAUUAGACGCUCCAACAGGAAAAAAUGACGGUACCGUACAAGGCCACAGAUAUUUUACGUGUCGACCAAAGUACGGGAUUUUCGUGAAGGUGGACAAGCUGAUUCAAGACAGACGAGGCAGGGCUCUUCGAAGCUAUACCAAACAGGAACCGACGCCACCGCCAAGUGUAUCCAUGCAUAGGAGUACAAGCAGAGGAGAAGGUCUUCAUUCCCUGCAUCGAAGUCGGAGCCGAGGUGAAGGCUUAUCAACCGUAGGCACACGGUUAUCUCCCCGAAGCAAUCUUUGAUUAAGGAGACCACCUUGGCAUCGUUGCGACGCCCCUAAGCUCGCAGCGGUAAUGCGAAGACGUGCAGCUGACGCGGAUGGAAACAAAUCAAACGCCAACAAACGUAAAUUUUAUUAUUGUAAUAAAUGGGAUAUCAGCUAGCUAGGCGAUGAAUAUAACCGAUAUUACAUACAUACGCACGUACACACACACACAUACACACACACACACGCUUACACACACAGCGAAUUAUCGUUAAGCACGUACGUGUACGUACACACAUCAAGCGCAGGAUCAUUGCGUCAACCCAGAGAUGGUUUGUACGAUGAUCCCUUUCGGCGAACCGCACUAAAAAUAAUUAUCCCAAAACGAAGAGCCUUUCUCAUUGAAUCCAAGACACGUAAUCGCACGAGCCGUAAACCAAUAGAGUCUUUGGGUUGGCGAUUACUGUAAUUCAAAAGUGAAAAGAAAUAGGUACUAAAUUUGUCCAAACUAUGAGAUUAGAAAGAAAGAACUUAUAACAAACAAUACUAAUGAAGAAAACAAUUCCUGUCCAAUUUGAACAAUACUAAUAUUACGACUAAUUAAUUACGAAUAAAUUAUUAAUUAAAUGUAAUAUUUAUUAUAUACAAUUGUAAAAUUGCCUACGGUGUAACGUUCGCUUCUCACAUCGUUUCGGAUCUUCCGUUGUUGUUGUUGUUAUUGUUGUUAUAAUUAUAAUUAUUAUUAUCAUUGCUAUUGCUAUUGCUAUUAUUAUUAUUAUCACUAUUCUUAUUCUUAUUACUAUUAUUAUUGUCUUUGUCUUAUUACAACGAUGAUUCCGAUUACUAUUUAAUUAUUAUCACAGUCAUUGGUGUCAUUGGUUAUACGGUAAUUAUCCCCAUGAUGAUAACCGUUGUCCGAAACGAUUUGACUGGCGAACAUUGCGCCGAAAAGGUCUCUGUCCAAUUUGGUAGUUAAGGUUGUCGGAAGAACACACAAGUUUUAAGUAAUUUACGCGUCGAUACGAUGCUACAUGCGGCGUCUGGCGCAAGAUGAGAGGAAGAGAGGAAAAAAAAAAAAACAAAUAAAAUUUUUAUUUCAAUCGUUA